GAGGAGGAGGAGGACGAGGAGGAGGGGGAGGGGGAGGACGGCUCCUCCAGCCACGUGUCCCCCAGCCCCACCGCCGGGGCCCCCAAGAGCCGCUCCCCCUCCCAGAACUCCCAGCAGUCCCUGGACAGCAGCAGCAGCCCCCCGACGCCCCAGGCCCAGCGGCGGCCCAGGCCGGGCCACGUGGUCGUGGCCGAAGCCACCAUCGUGGGCGUCCGCAGGACCGGCCAGAUCUGGCCCGCGGGCGGAGGCGCUGCCGAGGACCCUGCCAGGGCCCAGGACGCCGCGCUCCCCGGAGACCCAGACACGGCCUUUGGCACACCACCGGGCUACGCCUACGAUGCUGACCACAUGGAGCAGCAGCGGCGCCGGCAGGAGCAUCGAAUGCCGUACAUCGACGACUCACCCUCAUGCUCGCCCCGGCUCAGUGGCCAGAGCAGGGGCGGCCAGGACGGGCUGGCCUUGGGCACGAGUGAGCCGGACGCGGAGAAGGGCCUGGAGAUGAGGCGGUGGGUGCUGUCGGCCAUCCUGGACAGCGAGAGGACCUACCUGGGCCACCUCGAGGCUCUGCUGCUG